UUACAUAAUCAGCAGCCAUCGUAGCAGAUCGCACUUUCUCGCAGCCCGGGCAUCGUUCGAGGCAUCACACACUCAUUAAUCCACAGAAUGUCUCCCGUCGCAGACCAGAGACCCGCCGCUCUUUCAUGUUCAUAUCCUUCCAACAACUUAAUGUCACAUUCCACUCUUGACCAUGAUCGUCUUAACCGCAAACACACUCUCCUAGCGUCAUCCGUAUCAUCCUCAAGUAGUAUGAAGAGUGGCUUUAGUACGGCAAAUAAUGUCUGGGGCGCUCUGGCGUCGAAGGCACAAACAUUCUUCUUGAAGACCGGCAGAUUCACAAUCAGAGGAAACUCCACGGGCAAGAGAAUCAAGCCCAUCACAAAGCUAGCCACUAUCUAUGAGAAACGCGCCGACGAGGAGCACAAACCCUCAAAAGCGUCAACGCCAUCCAAUGUGGAGAGAGAGAAAUUGAUUCCUCGUGCUGUUCUUGCUGUGGACUACAAGAGUCCAGUUGGAAUGUUCCAUAUGCCCAAGGCCAUCGGUAUUGUUCUCGAGUCAGAGCAACAAGCGGAGAGAUGCGUGGCCCCUGUUCCUGUGAAAUUCUCACCCCCUAAACCCAAACUUCCUACUCCACGUCGUGUCCCGGUGCCGUCCUUCGAGGAGGGCAAAGAAAAUGCCCCGCCCUUGAGGGAAUCUAUUAAUCUGUCUCCCGUCCCGGCGCAUUCCAUAGUAAAGCCUCCCACCGCAAGACCACAGAAGCAACGAGUGCGAACCACUCCGUCCUUCGUUAACCCGCAGACUCCUCCCAAACCGAAAGUGCGAUUAAGCCCUCGAACAGCCCCACGAACAACUCGCGUUCCAAGCCGAGCCUCAGGUGGUGCUUCGAAUAUCCCCACAAAACGCAUCACUAAGGGAGUUGUUCCAUCUGGCCAAACCAAACAAAGGGGUAAAGUUGCUACUAUCUCGCAGUCAGCUAAACCGGGUCAGGCCAAAUCGAAUAGCAUCUCCAAGUCUGUCCCAAAAGUCUCCACGGGUCCUCCCCGAUGCAGAGAACCUUCCACACAACAUCAUGCUUUCUUCAUCAGUCUUAAAGCGUCCGAUGGUAGUGACGAGUCUUCGAAUCUCGAGCCCCCUGCAGAUAGAUCUGAUAAUCAAACAAACCGCGUUCGGUAACCCAUUCUAGUUCUGUUCCCAAAAGGGAUUCACGGAGCCGGAUGCCCGCCUCGGCCGGCACUGUUUCCUUACCGACAAGGAUGCCUGCUGGGAAUGGAGCCUCAAAUAGGGACGUCAAAGCCGAAGUAUCUCGU